UAUGUAUUAUAUUCUAAAUUCCUUUAUAAAACAUAAUUUGUUUAAUUGUGUCAUGGAAUCCAAAUAAACUUAAAUCCAUUUUAAUGACUAUUUGGACCAUGAGGUUAGCGCCAAAUUUCAAACCAACAUCAAAUCCGUGGCUAUGAAGGAGGAGAGCGUUUUCCAGUUCCUGGUGUGGAUCCAAUUCGUGCGCGCGGCGCUCAGCUUCCGGAGGCCCGUGGGAAUCCAGACUUAUGGCCGCCAUCUCGCGCCGCGCCUCUCGGCCAUGCCCACGCUUCCCUCGCAUCUGGGCUGGCUCCUCAUGGAAGCGCCCACGCUCCUCGUCCCCGCCCUAAUCUUCCACCGAGGUAAGCACGCCGCCGCCGCCGCCCCACGGCUCCUCCUCCUCCUCUUUCUCGCCCACUACUUCCAUCGCACCCUCCUCUAUCCCCUCCGCCUCAGCCGCCGCUCCUCCUCCUCCACGCCAAUGCCGCUUGUCACCGCCGUUCUCGCCGCGCUCUUCAACGCCCUCAACACCUACAUUCAACUGCGCUGGAUCUCCCACUUUGGAUUCUACCCUGAGCGAUGGAUUCACAGCGCCCAGUUCGCGAUCGGCGCAUUCCUGUUCGUGGCGGGCAUGGCGAUCAACAUCUGGGCCGACGGCGUGCUCAUCGCGCUGAGAAAACAAAGAUCUUCCGCCAAGGAGAGUGUGUCGUACAGGGUUCCGUACGGGGGGCUGUACGAGUUUGUGUCAUGCCCAAACUACCUGGGCGAGAUUGUGGAGUGGCUGGGAUGGGCCAUACUGACGUGGUCGCCAGCGGGGCUGGGUUUCUUCCUCUACACCGUUGCCACGCUGGCGCCACGUGCCUGCGCGCAUCACCGUUGGUACGUGGACAAGUUCCCCGACUAUCCGCGCGGGAGAACACCGUUGAUUCCUUUCCUCUGUUAACAUUGGCUCUCGUAUUUAAUCAAGAGAGAACUACACUAGAGGUUGCUAUUU